AUGCCAAGUAUUCUGUGGAUCUGGGACAUACGCCAUCUUGAGCUUGCCACUAUCUUGGUGCAGAAAGAUCCAAUUCGAGCAGCAGUUUGGGACCCUACGUGCACGCGUCUCGUUGUUUGCACUGGAAGCUCACAUUUGUACAUGUGGACUCCUGCAGGUGCUUACUGUGUGAGUAUCCCACUACCGCAGUUUAGCAUAGUUGAUCUAAAAUGGAAUUCGGAUGGAAGCUGUCUUUUGCUGAAGGAUAAAGAGUCAUUUUGCUGCGCUGCUGUUGCUGUACUUCCAGAAUCCAGUGAAUAUAGCUCAGAUGAUUGA